AUGCUUCGGCAGUGUGCUGGUUGCUACUGGCGGCGUGUGGCUCCCUUGUGGCGCUGCACGACCACAGAGCUGCUUCGGUCACUGUCACACUGUGUACCGCGCAGCAACGCUCGGGCAGCGACGACGUCUGCACGCACCACAGCCGCCGCGUUGGAGUCACCCAUCCUACGCAUGCGCAACAUUGGGGUUGUGGCACACAUCGAUGCCGGCAAGACGACCACAACAGAACGCAUGCUGUUUUAUGCGGGUGUCUUAAAGUGUGUCGGGGAAGUGGACAGUGGCACGACCACAACUGACUUCAUGAAGGAGGAGAUGGAGCGCGGCAUCACAAUUCAGUCCGCCGCUGUCUCCUUCCAGUGGAGGAAUCACAGCAUUCACCUCAUCGACACGCCUGGCCACGUGGACUUCACAGUGGAGGUGGAGCGUGCGAUGCGGGUGGUAGACGGCGUCGUUGCCUUGUUUGAUGCCUCUGCCGGUGUACAGGCGCAGAGUUACACGGUUUUGCGCCAAAGCAGAAAAUUUGGCAUUCCAGUGAUUGGGUUUUUGAACAAAAUGGAUAAGUAUAACGCAGACUUCAAGAUGUCUGUGGAGACUAUCCGGCGGAAGCUGGAGGUGGAGCCGCUUCUGCUGCAACUGCCGCUUCUUUGCGAGGACGGCAGUUUUGAGGGCGUCAUCGACGUGGUUGAGAUGCAGGCGUGUCGCUUUGGAGGCAACCACGGCGUGGAUGUGAUGAAGCAGGACUUGCGGUUGCCUGGCUUUGAACCGGCACACCUCCUCCAGGCGGCUGUGGUGGCGCGUCACGAGCUUAUCUCAACGUUGACCACACUAGACGACCCACUCUCGGACGCCGUGAUCGCCUUGCUAGAUCAGACCGACGGGGACGAGCAGAAGGCCGAGGAGUUGCUUCCGUGUGUCCAGCUACGCGCGGCGAUUCGGCGUCAGACGCUGCGUCAGGGGGUGCUAAGGCCGGUGAUGCCACUGCUUUGUGGGGCAUCUAGGCGCGACAAGGGGGUCCAGCCCUUGCUGGACGCUGUCGCGGACUACCUGCCCUCCCCGCUGGAUCGACCUCUAGCUGGCUACGCCCGCGACGGGGAAGUUGUGCCCCUCCCACCCGUUAGUGCCGCUCCCUCUGCCCCCGUGGUGGCGUUGGCGUUUAAGGUGACACACGCCACGAGCCCCAAGGGGCGACGCCAGCCUUUGGUCUUUUUUCGCGUGUACAGCGGCAAGGUUACACCGAGGAUGACGCUUGUGAACAAUAACUGUAAUCGACACGAGAAACUUGAAAAACUGUACGUGAUGCACGCGAAUCAUCAGGUGGAGGUUCCACACCUUGUCGCAGGCGAGAUUGGGGCGGCCUUUAUGCAGUUCACUACGACUGGUACCACACUUUUUGCAGCUCCUCAGCAACCUCCGCUGGACGCCGAUCACACGAGGAAGGAGGUAUUCACACUGGAGGGUAUCAGCCCACCGCCGGGUGUUAUUUCCUUUGCGGUUGAGGCUGCUACAAAACAGCAAAUUCCACUUCUUGAUGCGGCUCUUAAAGAGCUGAGUUUUGAGGACCCCAGUCUACGGGUUCAUAAGAACGAAUUUGGGCAAGUGGUCUUGAGCGGCAUGGGAGAACUGCAUCUUGAAAUCGUUAUGUCACGCCUGGAGCAUGACUACCAUCUAAAGUGUCGACUACUGCGGGCCGUCGUGGAGUACCGCGAGGUGGUACGCGAGGAAGUAGAGCUUCUGCAUGGGAUUGGAACAUACAAUGAACUCCCAUACGUUGACUGCUCGCUGCGACUCCAGCCGCUACUUGAGGCAGACGGCUCCUGCGAUCCAAGCCAGACUUGUUCCUUUGUGCUGGACGAGACGUUCACGGAUAAUUACCUUGCCAGGGCGGCCGUCUCCAGCAACGAUCGACGUCGCCGCGCGGAGGAUCACCAGCGGAAUGCGAAGGAGGAACUGCGGCUCCUCAGCGAUGUGUUUUCCAGCGCAGUUACGGAUUGCUCCCACAUGGGUCCUCUUGCUGGUCUUCCUCUCCACGGCGUGCAGGUUGUUUUGACGGCGUUCAAAAAGUUCGGCAGCACACAGCUGGUGGAGGGCCCGCUGCAGCAGGCGGCGCGCUCGCUUGUGCUGCAGCUGCUUCGCUCUGCUUCCAAAGCUAAGCUCGCCGCGAUGGAGCCGAUGAUGGAGGUGGAGGUGCACCUCUCUGAGGCAGCCUACAUUGGCGGGGUUGUGGGCUCCCUGAACGAACGUAAGGCCGUCACGGUGGACGUCCAAGACGGUGGGCGGUCGGUGAAGGCAAUCGUUCCGAUGCGAAACAUUGUGCGCUACACGAUGGAGCUUCGGAAGGCCGUGAAGGGGCACGCCAGCCUGUACACACGUC